AUGACCACGGCCUGGGACUUACCGAAACCAACGACAACAGAACCGUUGAUCAUCGAGUUCUUGCCAAGGACGUACGAAUCGGACAGCGGUUCUGGCAAUAAGCGUUGGAUAAAACUUAUUCUACGUUCAUCUCACUUAAAAUGGCACGUCAAAUUCACAUUUUCCGGAUAUACUAUUCGGGAUGGCACACGCCUGCCUAUCGUCAAGGGCAUGAAGCGACGAAAUGACCUCCGAGAUCUCUGUCGCUGUAUUGACUUUCGCCGCAUACCGCUCUUGGAUGAUACAGUGACUGAGGUUAUUGUGUCACUGAACGCCAGCCCGGAGAGUAUCAAGCUGCCCUAUACGACACAGCCAAGCGCAGACAGUGAAUACGCCUCCGUGAUCAGCAACCUUUGGGUUCGUGCCGAGGAGGACACGCUCCGAAUCCGUUUCCCGAUUUACAACAGCACCAACGACAUCCCCACUCGACAGCUCUCGGAAAUCCAAGAAAAAGAAGAGCUAGACGGGGACUCCGUCUACAGGGUUCGCCUCCAAGAUAACGAGAGACCGUACGUCUACAAGCAGAUCGAACGAGCCCAUUAUGUCCCCCAUGACACCGACGUGAUACAACAGGAGCUGCAGAACCUGCACAAGUUCCGUGGCACCGCAGUCGGGAUUGUCCAGCUCGUCGCGGCCGUUGUCUCACCGAAUCCUUACCAGACAGCCUAUCCCGAUAAAGAACAAUAG